UUGAAAAAGAGUUGGUCGUCUCGAUGUAGGGCAUGCUAUGACCGCCUCCUUGCUCCUCCAUUCGCACUGGAUUGACCCGGUGAUGUUUCUGUACGACAACGGUUUGGAUGAAAGAAGCAAGACCAUGGAGGGAUUUACCGGAGGCAACUUUGCUGCAAACCAGUGCAGGAAUCUGUUAGCGCAUCCGACCUCUCUGGCUCCCAGCACCACCUACGCUGCGAGCGAGGUGCCAGUCUCUGGCAUGGGGGAGCCUGGCAAACAAUGCAGCCCCUGUUCUGCCACGCAGAGCUCGCCCAACGCAUCUCUGCCCUAUGGAUAUUUUGGUAGCAGUUAUUAUCCAUGCAGGAUGUCACACGGCAGCGUGAAGGCUUGCGCGCAGCCCUCUGGUUACGGCGACAAAUACGUGGACUCGUCGGUCUCCGCCGGUGAGGAGUUCUCCACGCGUGCGAAGGAGUUUGCUUUCUAUCAGGGCUAUUCCUCGGGUCCUUACCAGCCCAGCUACCUGGACGUGCCUGUCGUACCUGCGCUGACUGCCCCAUCCGAGCCCAGACACGAGUCCCUGCUGCCCAUGGAGCCCUACCAGCCGUGGAUCACCAACGGCUGGAGUGGGCAGGUUUACUGCGCCAAGGAGCAGCCACAGUCCAAUCCCCUGUGGAAGUCCUCUUUACAAGAUACCAUAUCGGGAGGUGACAGCUCAGUCCGCCGUGGGAGAAAGAAACGUGUGCCAUACACCAAGGUACAGCUCAAAGAACUGGAGAGAGAAUAUGGCACCAAUAAGUUCAUCACCAAGGACAAAAGGAGACGGAUAUCCGCGCAGACAAAUCUGACAGAGAGACAAGUGACAAUCUGGUUCCAGAACAGGCGCGUAAAGGAGAAGAAAAUCGUCAAUAAAUUCAAGAGUUCCAGUUAGCUCUGGAGAUCUUGUUAACAAGAAGUGAAAGGCGGACAUGGACGCACUUUCAUCCAAAAACUAUGCUAUAAUUUAUUGCAUCAUGACCGGUUUCGCUGUCGCCAGAGCGGCUAUGGUUUGAACUACACAUUUCCCAUCUCACAUUUUAAUUGGAACCAGUCGAUACGGCCUGUUGACAGAAGAUCGGAAACGGUUUGGACCUUCAUGCAGUUCUGCGUGGGAUGCUUUAAUAAUGAGAAGACAUUUUUCCUUGAGGCAACCUUGAGGCAGGAAAUAUUCUGUCCAGUUAAGCGCUUUUUCAGUUGAUUCAGUGCAGACACGGAGAUUUAUGCUGAAGCGCUCGGAGUCACACAUACAUGUUUAUUGGUUAAAAACAGCUAGUGACACAGUGGUAACAUAAAGGAGACGCCUCGGGUCUGUAAUCCUCAACAUAUAAAUACACAAACAGUAACCAAUACAUGGGGUAUAUUAUUAUUAUUAUUAUUAUUAUUAUUAUUAUUAUUAUUAUUAUUAUUAUUAUUAUUAUUAUUAUUAUUAUUAUUAUUAUUAUUAUUAUUAUUAUUAUUAUUAUUAUUAUUAUUAUUAUAUGAACUCCUUUCUCAUUUUUGAAGCUUGAAAAACAGAACCCAUCAACAUAUCUGCUCUGGGAAAUGUAAACAUCUAAAAGAAGCCUUCAUCUUGUCUGUUAUUUUAUGACAGUAUUAAUGAAACACUUUCAAACCUGCAACUGUUCUUUGCAUUUCACUUAACUGAGUCACAUGUCUCCACAUUUUUUUAAGCAAUAACGCGGUUGUCAAGGUCCUAACAGUCUCCUUUUGUCUUACUCCAAAUCACGAAUUAUUUUAAAGAGAAUGAAACACUUUUAAACAUGUAAAUGUAGUAAGACUGCAAUCAUCUAUCCUCCUUUUGUUUCGGCAAUA